GCCGAAGGUUUUUCACAGUACUUCAGUUACAUAAGCUUCCCAUUUCCUCAAAUUCACUCCCAAACAAGUGAACGCAUCAGAGCACAGAUACAUUGAGGUCCAGUGAAAAGCAAUAAUAGCUUCUGACCGGACAAGAUUUACGGUCCACAACGUACCAACACACCGUUUACAACAGUAAGUGCACUCAACUACAAUCAUAUCACAAUGGGCGGCUUCAAGUUCAAGAAGUUCAAGCCCAAGGCUGAUAAACCCGACGAAGUCACGCCACAACAAGCGCCACCAGAGCUAUUCCACAAGCAGAUCCUCAAACGUGAGCAUGCUGAUCAUGAAGAGUUCGAUGCCAAGUCAUUCCCAUUCGAUGAGCUCAUUCCCCGCUGGAAAGGCGGGCAGUUCGAUCCACACCUCAUGAACGCUGCCACUGGACAAACGUUCACGAACAAGCAUCAUGUCAAGGGCGAGGGCGCAAAGAAGCGUUCUAGCUUCGAGAACUUCGAGUUCGCGUUCUGUCUUGAGUGGAUCAAUAGGACCGUGGAUGGCGUCACCUUUCGAGAUCGCUGCUACAACCAGUUUACGGUCAAGUCGAAUGGUUGCACCACCCACUCAAAGGUCGAGUUCAAGCAUGGGCCCAAUCAAGUCUACCAGCGUAUGAUCCAACACAGAAUCUGCAACUGGGGAAUGCUGAAGGAUCCUGAGGCUACAGUGGCAGAUGAGACCCGGGCAUGGACGUACCUCGACUGGCGUGAGCAUGCCAAAGCCCUUGCACAAGAGGAGCUAGAUAUGGCUACGGAAGAAGGUUACGAGCUUCCGGCGACUUUCCUGUCGUCACGUCUUGCAGAGUUCGAGAACUGGUGGCGAGUGGAAGAGAAGAAGGAUAAGCAGGCUGGUGGAGCGAAGGCUGCCGCUGCUCGCGGAUACUCUCUGCUGGGUACUCACACUAAUCCUCCUACGUUCAUGUCGCGUCAAGUUGGCGAAGUUGCAACGGGUGGUCUUGGCCCACUUGCUGCAGAUGGUCCACUCGGCGGUACCCGUCCAGGCGCUGGUAAUCCGCCCCCAGUUUUCUCUCAGAUAGCGCUCAACGAACCUGCUCCGGUCCCGUCUCGACAAAGUGCUAACGUCCGCCACCGAUUCGGAAAGAACACUACGAACGGUAGACCAGACCUAGAAGCCAAGCGGAUAUGGAUGCAGCAGCCCAAUGGCAAACGUCAGUCGCUAGCUCUUAAGAAUGUUGCUGCUGUGCUUCCCGCAAAUGAAAAGGAGAACUUCUUCUCAAACGGCAGGAAGGAUCGCAAGCUACGCGUUACUAGCCAGGCUGGCGGAGGCAACGGUUUCGAUGCUAUCUGAGCUCCGGUUGUCACUCCUG